AGUAUAUUUACACGCUUGGAGAUGCAGUCAUUUUUUUCAUGCCAACAUUACGAUGUAAUCUGAUGAUUUUUCAUUAUAAUCGAUAACUUUUUUAUAUUAUUGGUAUGUUGUUAUAUAUUGAGGAGUUAAGAAAUGUAUUGCAUGACAACAUCAAUUUUGAUGAGCUGUCUAACCCAUAAUGCACUGCGGUAAGCACGUUUUUCUCGCUAUAUGCAUCGCGGAUGAGAAAUGAAUCGUUUCUUGAUUAAAACUGGCACAACAGGCCCUGAAAAACCUGACAAUGAGGGAAAGAAAAGAAAAACAAAAACGGAAUGCUCAAAAUUGCAGGUCGAGCUGUCUGACAUGAGCUGUAAAGUGAUUUUAGCUCCCCCUUCAGGUGUGUACUCCAUGUCCAUCUCAGAAGAUAAAGGUCUGGGUGAGGAGGUAGGCAGGCUGAAGGCCAGGGACCCAGACCUUGGGGAGAAUGGCUUGGUGACAUACAGUCUGAUUGAAGGCAACAGCAUGGACGUCUUCGAGAUUGUCACAGACUCGGGAACCCAGGAAGGCAUCAUAAAACUGCAGAAGGCCGUCGAUUUUGAAAGCAAGCGAGCAUACACCCUACGGGUGGAGGCAUCCAAUGUGAAUGUGGACCCACAUUUCUUCGCCUGGGGGCCCUUCAAAGACACGGCUACCGUGAAGGUUACAGUGGAAGACGAGGAUGAGCCACCAGUCUUCACUGCAUCUGGCUACAACUUUGAGGUGGAGGAGAAUGCACCAGAAGAGACCAUUGUGGGGCGGGUCCAUGCCAAGGACACGGAUAUGGCCAACAAACCCAUUAGGUAUAUGAUUCCCCGCUACACUGACCUGGAACGAUUCUUCAGCAUUGACCCAGAAUAUGGAAUUAUCAGAACAACAAGGCCACUGGACCGUGAAUCUUUGCCUUGGCACAACAUCUCUGUAAGCGCCAUUGAAAUCGGUGGCCAUCAUCAGGAUGCUAAAGUGCGUGUCAACAUCAAAGUAAGAGACGUGAAUGAUAAUGCUCCUGAACUGGCCUCACAAAAUGAAAUUCUUUUGUGUGAAAAUGUAGCAUAUGGCAAAAUGAUCGAGAUCAUCAGUGCCUUGGACAAGGAUGAAAUGGCCUCACAUCAACAUUUCCACUUCAGCAUUUCCCCAGAGGUCACCGGCAAACAAAACUUCACUGUCAAGGAUAACCGAAACAGCACCGCCAGUCUCUACGUGACCCGGAAGGACUUCAGCCGGACGACCCAGGAUGUUUACCACCUGCCAAUCAAAAUCAGCGAUAGCGGCAGCCCUCCCAUGAGCAGUACCAGCACUGUGAUCUUGCGAGUUUGCAGCUGUGAUGCCAGGGAGACCAUCCUCUCCUGCAAUGCACAGCAUUUCAUCCUGCCAGCGGGACUUAGCAUGGGCGCCCUCAUCGCCAUCUUGGCCUGCAUUGUAAUCUUGCUGGCCAUUGUAGUUUUAUUUGUGGCGCUGCACAGGCAGAAGAAUGAGCCCCUCAUGGUAUUUAAGGAAGAGGACAUUCGGGAAAACAUCAUUACGUACGACGACGAGGGUGGUGGCGAGGCCGACACUGAGGCCUUUGACAUCGCUACACUACAGAACCCUGAUGGGGCCAAUGGUUUCCUGCCUCGGAAGGACAUGAAACCAGAGCUGCAGUACCCAGUUCAACAGAGGCCGGAGCAGGCGACUAGCAACGUAGAUGUAAACUGCUUCAUCAGGAACCACCUCUGUGAUGUCGACAAUGACCCCAAUGCCCCGCCGUAUGACUCCAUCCAGGUGUAUGGUUAUGAGGGCCAGGGCUCUGUCGCUGGCUCCCUAAGCUCCCUGGAAACCACCAUGAACGACUCAGACCUGAACUAUGACUACCUCCAAAUCUGGGGACCACCAUUCAAAAAAUUAGCCGAUCUCUAUGGCACCAAAGACUCUGUCAACAACAAAUUGUAACAGAGUUCCAGUGGUCACCCUUCUAUGAAAAAGAGCCUAUCAUUUUGCUAUAACUAAACCUUAAAUUUAUUAGUGGAAAAAAUUAUGUGAUUUUAAGUAUCGUUAUCCUCAUAAGGGGCUAAAGUUUUUUAUGCAGUGUAAAGAUGGACAGCAAAAAAAUUUUUAGAUGGAUUUGAACGUAAUCAUAUACAGCCCUGCAGGUCACCUUCUUGUUGCUUGGAUACAGCAGGUUAAUUGAUAGAGACCCCAGGUCGGAGAGGCAGUUGAAAUCAGAAGAGCAACCAGUUCGUACUGUGAAUGAGUCAACAACUGGAAUUAGUGAAAUUGCUUUCAGUUAUAUACAGAACACCAGAUCACAUACCAGAUCACAUCUCUAUGUCCAUUUUACAAAGCAUCUUUUAUGAGUUUGUGUGUGUAAGAGAGAAAAUGAUUGUCCACUCUUUCCAAAUGAAGUAUCUAUCACAACAAGCAAGCUGUGAGCUCUGAUAUCGCCUUAAAUAAUACUUAUUUUUUGUUUGUCGUAACUGGGGGAUUAUAUACUGCCUGAAAUUCAAGUACCAUAUAAUAAAUAUGAAGUGAAAUGUG